GUGCAGGAGUCUGGAAUAGUGAAGCCGAGGGAGGCCCCACGCCCCUGGGAGCGGAGCCGGAGACUCUUAGAAGCCCGGGCACCCAACACUAAGGUGCCAAGGGUACCCGAGAUUAGUUGUGGAGUUGUGCAGGGCAGAUUUUUUUUUUGGGGUGGUGGUGGUGGUGGUGGUGGUGGCUGGUGGGGACUACAGGUGUGAUUUUCGUUUGUAGUUUAUGCUGUCUUGAACCCUUGGGGGUAGGAUUAAGUUCUGCGCUUUUGUACAUAGAAGAAACGGUGUCACCGGGAGCAAGAGCGGAGCCAGGAUGGCUUGGGCUCUGAAGCUGCCUCUGGCCGAUGAAGUGAUUGAGUCUGGGCUGGUGCAGGACUUUGAUGCUAGCCUGUCUGGGAUCGGCCAGGAACUGGGUGCUGGUGCCUAUAGCAUGAGUGAUGUCCUUGCAUUGCCCAUUUUUAAGCAAGAAGAGUCAAGUUUGCCUCCUGAUAAUGAGAAUGAAAUUCUACCUUUUCAGUAUGUGCUUUGUGCUGCCACGUCUCCAGCUGUGAAACUCCAUGAUGAGACUCUGACAUAUCUCAAUCAAGGACAGUCUUAUGAAAUCCGAAUGCUAGACAAUAGGAAACUUGGGGAACUUCCAGAAAUUAAUGGCAAAUUGGUGAAGAGUAUAUUCCGUGUAGUAUUCCAUGACAGAAGGCUACAGUACACUGAGCAUCAGCAGCUGGAAGGCUGGAGGUGGAACCGACCAGGAGAUAGGAUUCUUGAUAUAGAUAUCCCAAUGUCUGUGGGCAUAAUAGAUCCUAGAGCUAAUCCAACCCAGCUAAAUACAGUGGAGUUCUUAUGGGACCCUUCAAAGAGGACAUCUGUGUUUAUUCAGGUACAUUGUAUUAGCACAGAGUUUACUAUGAGGAAACAUGGUGGAGAAAAGGGAGUGCCAUUCCGAGUACAAAUUGAUACCUUCAAGGAGAAUGAAAAUGGGGAAUAUACUGAGCACUUACAUUCAGCCAGCUGCCAGAUCAAAGUCUUCAAGCCCAAAGGUGCAGACAGGAAGCAAAAAACAGACAGAGAAAAAAUGGAGAAACGAACACCACAUGAAAAGGAAAAAUAUCAACCAUCUUAUGAGACAACCAUUCUUACAGAGUGUUCUCCAUGGCCUGAGAUCACAUACGUUAAUAACUCCCCAUCACCUGGCUUCAACAGUUCCCAUAGCAGUUUUUCCCUUGGGGAAGGAAAUGGUUCACCAAACCAUCAGCCAGAGCCGCCCCCUCCAGUCACAGAUAACCUUUUGCCAACAACCACACCUCAGGAAGCUCAACAGUGGUUGCAUCGAAACCGGUUUUCUACAUUUACAAGACUUUUUACCAACUUUUCAGGGGCAGAUUUAUUGAAACUAACUAGAGAUGAUGUGAUCCAAAUCUGUGGCCCUGCAGAUGGAAUCAGACUUUUUAAUGCAUUAAAAGGCCGGAUGGUGCGUCCAAGAUUAACCAUAUAUGUCUGUCAGGAAUCAUUGCAGUUGCGGGAGCAGCAGCAACAGCAGCAGCAACAGCAACAGCAGCAGCAGCCACAGCAGAAGCAUGAGGAUGGAGACUCAAAUGUAUACCAUGCAAUCUAUCUAGAAGAACUGACAGCUGUUGAAUUGACAGAAAAAAUCGCUCAGCUUUUCAGCAUUUCUCCUCGACAAAUUAGCCAGAUUUACAAACAGGGACCAACAGGAAUUCAUGUGCUUAUCAGCGAUGAGAUGAUACAGAACUUUCAGGAAGAAGCCUGUUUUAUUUUGGACACAAUGAAAGCAGAAACCAAUGAUAGCUAUCAUAUCAUACUGAAGUAGGUGUGGAGCAUUCCACGGUCAGUGUCUGCUGCUUCCUUCACCUUCCCCUCUUGAAAACUACCCCUCUUGAAGGAGAUAUGGAGAUUGAAGGUCUUCAGGAACCUGGCUCAUCUAACUAACCAUGGCAAGGAGGGAGGAAUGCAAACGUUGGAGGCAGGUUCUCAGUUGGCCUAAGCACUAGUUGGCCUAAGCACAGAUUACUGCCCAAUAUGCAACUCUCUAGCAAGUUUUUAGUUGCAGUUCUGGCCCCUGCUGUUGAGUCAGUAGGAACAUUAUUUAAGGUGUAUGUAGGGAAUAGUGAUGAUGAGAAUUGUGACGUUUGAUGGAAAGAUGUUGAAUUCGUGAUAUGGAGCCAUGUAAUUUUUGUUUUCUUUAACCCAUACUGGGGCUUGAACUCAGGGCCUGGACACUGUCCCUUAGCUUUUUUG